GUUUGAGCCUAAAUGGAUAACAUGAUCUACUACUUCUCGCUCUCAAUCCUCUUCCUGCUCGUUGGGGCCAGAAACGAUGGCGCUUUUACCAUAAGUUCAUAUUGGAAUGAGGUCUUCCCCAGAACCCCCAUGCCCCAUGCCAUUCGAGCUCUCCUGCCAUCCUUCUCAAUGAUGCCAAGAUAUGGUGGUACACCUUGUCGUUGUGCCUGGGGUGGAAGGUGGGGUGUGUUGGGGCACAACCACGAUCAAUCUAAGCGUAAUUGGUCACCGAACCUUGCACCUCUAUAUUUCUUAAGGGACGACCUCCACCCUGGUAGCAAGAUGAACGUCACCAUAAUGAUCAGCCCGACAAUGGUAGAUGGUUCUAAAGGUGGUAUCAGCAUUGAGCCAACCUUCUUGCCACGCCAACAAGCUCAAGCAAUUCCCUUCUCCACCUCCAAUCUCACUACCAUCCUUAAGACGUUCUCCAUUCAACCCCACUCUGAGUACGCAUCUUUUACAAGGCAAACGCUUCAAGAUUGUGAGGGGCCUGCACUUAAAGGAGAAGUUAAGUACUGUGCAACAUCUCUGGAAUCCAUGAUCGAUUUCGUUGUCGCAGAACUCGGAAGCCGUGAGAUUCAUGCAGUCGUCACUUCCGUUGUUAACAAAGAGGAGAAGGUGAAGGCGAGGACUUACAGAGUAGGUGAUGGAGGGGGGAAAGUGAUGUCUUCCAAAGUUGUGACAUGCCACGACGUCACGUUUCCUUAUGCCGUCUUCUACUGCCACAAUUUCCAGGGCACAAGGCCAUACAUGGUUCCAUUGAUUGCUGAUGAUGGUAGCCGAGUAAACGCCAUUGCUUUGUGCCAUUUUGAUACAUCAAAUUGGAACCCUGGACACGCGAGCUUCCGGUUGCUGGGUGUGAAACCGGGAACUGUUCCCAUUUGCCACUUCAUUCUAAAGGAUCUCGCCUGGGUCCCCAACUGACCUUCAUGCCACCUCCUUAGUAUGAGCCUGCCAUGUCCUAAUGAUAAACUUGAAUGUACCGAUAGAAAAUAAAAUGGAAUUGAUCAAGUAGCUUGCCUUAUGUCUGCGACUCUUUGCCGUCAGACUUGUAGCCCAA